AUGUUUUCGUUUGGCACGUCUAUCCCAGGGACCUUCGAAGAGUCUCCUCAUUCACCAGAGACUCUCGCUGCUUAUCUCAAAGAAGUCAACCUGGAAGAGCCAGACGUGGAGAUGAAGACUGUCUCGCUCGAGGACACGGCACUCGGCCAGCUCCAAAAUGACGACCAGGCCGGCCUCCUCGACGUCAUUGACGAGCUUCGCGGCCAUGGAAUCAGCAAACACAUCGACCUCCCGCAACUGAUCGUUUGCGGCGACCAAUCCUCGGGCAAAAGCUCCCUCCUCGAAGCCAUCACGCAUCUACCUUUUCCCACGAAAGAUGGUAUAUGUACCACAUUCGCCACUGAAGUUGCCCUGCGCCGCUCGCUACGCCGCGAGAUCAAAAUUAGCAUCAUUCCCGGGCCUUCCCGUAGCGAGGCCGACAAGGAGCGUCUCAAGCGCUUUAGUGCAACCUUCACCAACCCCUCCGACUUCCCCACCCUAAUCGAAGACGCGAAGAAGUGCAUGAAUGGCAGUGUUCCACCAAACAUUUUCUCAGACGACACAACCACGACGGGCAGCAAGUCAAUCAAUGACGACGUCCUGCAUCUCGACAUCUCGGGCCCAAACUGGCCGCCGCUCACCAUCGUCGACCUGCCGGGGCUGAUCCAGUCGGAGGCGCGGGGCCAGACGGCGGCGGACGUGCGGACUGUGCGGCGGCUGACGCAGGCGUACGCGCAGAACCCACGUUCCGUCAUCCUCGCCGUCGUCGCCGCCAACUACGACCACGCCAACCAGGCGGUGCUGCGGCUGGCGCGCGAGGCCGACCCGGAGGGCCGCCGCACGCUGGGCAUCAUCACCAAGCCCGACCGCGUUGUCGUGGGCGGCGAAGACGAGGCGGCCGUCGUGAGGUUGGCCAAGAACGUGGAGCAUGAACUGCGCCUCGGCUGGCAUGUGGUCAAGAACAGGGACCAUGCGAUGCGGGACUGCUCGUCCGAGGAGCGUGAUAGGGCUGAGAAGGACUUCUUCGCCCAGGGGAUUUGGGGCAGCGUGCUCAAAGCUCACGUUGGCGUCGAUGCGCUGAGGACGCGGUUGGGGUCCAUCUUGCUUCGCCAAAUCCGGACCGAGUUGCCCAUCCUCCUGGCCGAGAUCAAAAAGGGCAUUCAGGAGUGUGAAAGCGGGCUCGCGCGCAUGGGCGAGCCGCGCGAGACGCCCAGAGACCAAAGAGCUUACCUGGUCGACAUCAGCAAGACGUUCGAGAGGCUGACUCUGGAGGCAGUCCGAGGAUCCUACCAGCAUGAGUUUUUCACAAAGCCCACUGAGGAGGAAGCACACGGACGACGUCUGCGAGCUGUGAUCCAGAACGCGAACGAGGAAUUUGCCUAUGUCAUGCAGAAGUAUGGACACAGCAAUACCAUAGUCGACAGCAAGGGAUCGGAACCAGACGUCAAACGAGCUUCAUUGAGCUCAUCCGAGCUGUCUGCUCUUGAGAGCUCCGCUCCCGCACCUAGGAUCACGCCCCGGGCCGAGUACGUUGAAGAGAUCAAAGAAAAGGUGCGCACUCGGCGUGGACGCGAGCUCCCUGGAAUGUACAACCCGCUCCUCGUCGGCGACAUUUUCCGGGAGCAGGCAGCGCCUUGGGAAGGCAUUGUAAAGGAACAUGCCGAUAUAAUUUGGAAUGCCGCUCUCGGUUUCUUAGAGACGCUACUAGCGUCACUGGCCGAUGGGCACACCUACUAUGCGCUUCUUGAAGAGCACAUCCAACCCAUCAUGGACAAGAAGAGGAAGGAGCUAUUCGCCAAAAUCGAUGAGCUGCUCAAACCUUACAAGUCGGGACAUCUGAUCACAUAUAAUCCUUUGUUUAGCGAGUCUAUGCCACGGCUCAAGAACAAGCAGAAACAUGAUGAUACCGCGCUGCGUCUCAAGCUCCGGUACGGCCCAGGGACCUCAACAUUUCAAACGUCGCUGCAGGAGAUUCUCGAGGCCAUAAAUAACCCAGGGUGGGAUGAUGAGCAGGGUGAGUCCGCUUCCGAGGUGCUGCUGUACUGCAUGGAGGCCUUUUACAAGGUUGCUCUCCAUACCUUCAUCGACAAUGCCGCUACCCUCGGUGUAGAAUUCUGCCUUAUCUCCUCCCUUUCCGACAUCUUCUCACCGGCCAUUGUUUCGGAAAUGGAUGACGAGGCUCUAGCUAAUUUGGCAUCCGAGUCUAACGAGACCAAGAAUGAGCGUUCUAUGCUUCAGGAGCGGAUGAGGAGUUUGAAAGAGGGAGAAAAGAUAUACAGCACCCCGAAAGCCUACAGCCAGGACAAAACACACGGCUCAGACACAGAGUGCUCCAGCGCGAGCUUCUACGCCACUGCCGACUUACGAGUCAGAGUCUCCAAGCACGUCGACAUCGUCCACGCCCUCGAUGUCGGGGUCCGUUCCUUCAGGUGCAGCAUCCGUAUUGCCAACCCCCACAAGCUCGCCAGAAGGUCAUCGUGGUAG